UAUAUCAUUACUGCGAACAAGAGUUAUACGCAUAAGCUCAAAUUUUAACGUUAGAUUAGUAACGUUACAAUUUAAUAAAAAGUUUAGUGUAUUUCUUCGGGUUUAAGCCGUACUCAAUAAAUUCGGAUAGUAAUAAUUAUUGUUAAAAUAUUAAACGUUUUAGGAGAAGCAUAAAAGAAGUUUUAAAUAAUGUCAUCAGAAGAGUAUUCUGAAUCUCCAAUCAAAGUAGAGAAAUGUGAAGAGAACGAGAAGAAAGAGGAAUUAAGAAAAGCAGAGCUGGAGGAGGAGGCAAAGCUCCGAGCUAAGUAUCCACAGGCAAUGCGGCCAGGUGGUUCAGCAUUCUUGCAGAAAAGACUUCAUAAAGGACAGAAGUAUUUUGACUCUGGAGACUAUAAUAUGGCUAAAGCAAAGAGUCAGAAGGCUCGUGUUCCAGCAGCACCAAUUGUUAGGGAGUCAACAGGUGAUGCUAUACCAACUCCAGAUGUUCUUCCCACUCGAAAAACUUCUUUGGUUCAGAGCAAAUUGGCAACAGAACUUUCUUAAAUUUAAAAUCCUUCUGGGGAUAACUUUUAAGUGCCCCAGAUUGUCUGGAUUAUGAGGAGGAGUUUGUAGGAGAUUGAAGAUUGCUUCUGUCAUGAAAGAGUAAAAACUCAAUAAUGUGAAGCAGAUUGUAACUCCCCCUUUGUACUUGUCUGUACAUAUGAAUUGAUUGUACUUGCUGGCUUUUCUUAAUCCUGGACAUGUGAAAAACAAGAAUUACACUCUGUGUAACCUGUUCUGCUUGUGUUACUGGUCUUACAAUUGUACUUCCAGUAUCCUGAUCUAGUUUUAGCUUUAAGUAUCUAAACAUCUCAGAAAGAAAACACUAUAUUAAAACAUAAACUUUAAUUUCUGUUUUUCUUUUCCUGUAGCAAGAAUUUUUAUUUCUUAUCUUAGACCAACAAAUGUAUAUUGACUUUUGCUUUGAACAUUUGAUUCUUAAUCAUUACUGUUGUGUUUAGAACUUAGCUGUGGUUUUUACAUGUAUUCUACAUUAUCCAGUAGGUUUGUGUUGUGAGUUAAUUUGAGGAUUUUUUCUGUCUGUAAUAGCCUCUUGUAAGUUGAAUACCAAAAUUUUCUAAUGGUGGAUGACAUUUAUAUGAAGUAAUUGUGUAAAGGGUGUAAGCUGUUUAUGUGCUGUAGAAAUUGUGGAUUUUAGGUGAAAAAUUAAAUAAAAUUCUAUAGUCUACACU